AUGGCCGACGCUGGCCAGGCUCAAUUCAACGCAGUUCAAAGUGUGUUUGGUAUCGACUGCACGCUCACGUACCUCAUGUGCUUUUACCAUGCCAUUGCCAAAGUACGACUGGCUCUCAAAAAACGGGCGCGUGCGCUACAUGGGGAUGUGGUGGCUAUGAUGUAUACUGGUAUCUAUGAUCUUCACAUUUCGCUCACGAAGGAAGAGUAUACGUCAUCGGUCUAUGGCCUCUCUGGAGAUUUUACAAGAGUUCGUUCGACAAUCAUCUCCAAUCUCGCGCCACAUCUCUUCGAGCUGGAUGUUUUCUUCGUGAGCAUGUCCACGAGCGAGGAAACAUCGACUUCAUGCUGGACGACCACAGCUCCGACAUCGUACGGGUUGUUGAAGUGCAACCACCGCGCUUCUACAUUCCAGCCCGAGGCCGCUCGUAGGAAGCUCUUUAUGUGGCCGCUAGAUUUUCGCCACCGGGCUCAGCAGCCUUCUUGA